AUGCUGACGCAGCAUCAGCAGAGGUUACAACAGCAGGCGUCUUCCUUCACCGCAAACGAGAAGGACCAUCCCAAGCCCACGUCCCAUUCCACGGCAUCCCACCCUCGCGUUAUAUCUACUACUCCCACAUCCAUCACCACUUCUUCCAUCGACAGCCUUGUCGUCAUCGCCGCCAUGAAGCCGGUCAUCGCCAUCCCCGCGACGCUGGCGCUCGUCUACCGCGCCUACAGCAAGAAGAGCCUCACCCCCUCCGGCAUCUUCGCCGCCACGCUGACCGCCAUUGCCCAUGCUGUCCAUCCGUGGAACCUGCCUUUUGUCCUGCUGGCCGUCUUCUUCCUCGCCGGCUCGCGCGUGACCCAUGUCAAGGAGAAUGUCAAGGCCACGCUGACCCUGCCGGCGAGAGGAGGGCCCAACGUCGGGGGCGGCGAGGGGCCGCGGACGCAUGUCCAGGUUUUCGCCAACUCGCUCGUCGCAUCGGUGCUUACCCUGCUGCACGCCUACCAGCUGCACCAGCGUAAGCAGGUCCUGCUGGACCUCCACGCGGGCGGCGAUGCCGCGGCCGCCGCGGCCGCCCACACCGACCUCGCGACCCUCGGCAGCCUCUGCUAUGCCUGGCGGGGCGACCUGCUCGUCAUCGGCAUCGUGGCCAACUACGCCGCCGUCGCCGCCGACACCUUCUCGAGCGAGCUCGGCAUUCUGUCGCGCGCCACCCCGCGCCUCAUCACGUCCCCCACGCUGCGCAAGGUCCCCCGCGGCACCAAUGGCGGCGUCACCCUCGGCGGCCUGGCCGCGGGCCUGCUCGGCUCCGUCGUCAUUGUCACGGCCGCCAUGCUCUUCUUGCCGCUCUGCACGAGCGACACCACGCGCGACCCGCUGCUGUUUGGCACGGCGGCCGCGUCGGCGUCGGCGGCCUGGUCGGGCGCCGACCGCCGCGCGCUCAUGGGCUUCCUGGUGCUGUGGGGCCUGCUGGGCAGCGUCGUGGACUCGGUGCUGGGCGGCCUGCUGCAGCGGUCCGUGCGGGACACGCGGACCGGCAAGAUUUUGGAGGGUGAGGGCGGCAUCCGCGUGCUGGUCUCCGAGGACGCCGGCCCGCAACAUGGACACAGCAAGACGGAUGCGGACAAGCCGCGGCAGCCGAGCCGUGUGGUCGAGAACGGCUGGGACCUGCUGGACAACAACGACGUGAACUUUUUGAUGGCCGUCAUCAUGAGCGUCAGCGCCAUGGCAGUGGCCGGCUGGUACUGGGGCGUGCCGCUGAGCAGCAUCAUCCAGCCGUAA